CCUCCUCCUCCUCCUCUUCCUGCUCCUCCAUCACUGUUUAACGAGUGUUUUUGUUUGUGCGGUAUACUCCUCUCUGUACCGCUUCUCUCUUUUCCUUCUACUUUUGACAUAGAGUUACGAUGAUAGUGGCAAAUGAUUUAGUUUGACAUGCUUAUACUUGAUCAUAUUUCAUAUUGUAUUCGUGUAUUAGAAGUGGAGCGAGUGGAGUGUGGUUGUGUUGUGUCCCGCCUCGGCCAGCGCGCGCAGUGGAGGAGGGAGAGGUGGGGAAGGCCGGCGGGCGGCCAAGGCGCCAGUUUGAGACAAGGAGUGACGGUAUUAGGAGAGUGGCCGUGUGCUGCUGGUGCCUUAUUUAACAUGGAUUUACGCUGGUCAGGACGGUGACACGGGCCGCGGCUGCCUGUGACUGCUGGUGUAAGCUUGGUGUCUGGCUGAGAGUGCCAGCCGUGGCCUGGAGCUGCUGAGAACUGCUAUCAACACUACAAUACUGCUACGCCUGGCCGCCCUCAACCAGCCGUACACCGGAGACAUGAGGGGCGUGACGGGCGUGGAAUACACCUGCUAUGGUGAGGCGCAGCGGGCGGGGCUGAGCGGAACCUUUAGGGCUUUCCUCACCUCCAGGAUCCAGAACCUUGACUCUAUUGUUAGGAGAGACGACGCUAACUUACCUGUCGUCAAUAUUAAGGGGGAGGUUCUCUUCAACACCUGGCGCGGGAUAUUCUCAGGUGAUGGCGGUCGCUUCAUGCAGAAACCGAGAAUAUUCAGCUUCGAUGGCAAGGAAGUACUGACGAGCCCUGAGUGGUUGACUUUUGAGGGACGUGAAUCGCAUCUCCACCCAGGCAGGAACAAGGAGGCGGAGUUUGAAUCGCGCUGUGGCCACUCUCAUUCUGUCACUGUUACACCAAGGCAGCCAGCACCACCUCCACCGCCACUCUGA